CCGCCGUGGACAGCGUUCGUACGGACGUCACGCGUAACCUUGCGCCGGAAUAACAAAACGCAUGCUGUUAUAGUGCCUCUCGACACACGAAGCUCGCGUACACAACGUAACACUAACAUAUCCCCUAGGUGAAGAGCAUAGCCGACCAACAGCCGCGCGACCCUUUCACCCUGGUGGUCAAGAUCAAAUAAUGUGGUCGGGCAAGCGCCCGGGGAGUAAGCGCGCAGUGCCGUGCACUUAGUACAGGGAUGCGCAGGGCGCGGGCGGCGGUGAACAUGCGGGUGUGCGUCACCACCGUGAUCGCGGCGCUAGCGCUGCGCUCCGCCGCAGACCCGACACCUCGCCGCUACCCCGCAGAAUGGCGCGCCGGCCGCGAACUACAGAUACGCUCACGCCCCCUACACGAACUCUUCGAAUCGGACGCGACGGCCACGGAACCGCAACGCAACUACCCGCCGCCGCAGUUGCACAAGGAACGGCGACGCACGCGCACCAAUAAGCGUGCGCCGCGGCUACCCGGCGAAUUGGCUAGCCAAAUGAUGCUACGUGCCGCGCGAUCCGGCCGACCUUAUGAUGUUCCUCAAAUAGAGUGUCCGCCGGCCGCGGACGGUAUGGAGCGGUUCGCGUGCCCCACCCCGGACCGCCAGGGUCGGUACAGAUGCAUCGACGACCAUGUGCUCUGCGACGGGUUUAUUGACUGCCCCAGUGGGGAAGAUGAAGAUCGUCAGUCCUGCAUGUUCUAUAAAACGACAAAGGCCCACUUGGACGUACUCGCUGACGCGCUGCUCCGGUGGGCGCGCGGCCGCUAAACAUCCCUCCGAACCCACAUUCUGUACUCAAACAUUCCAUCAGUGAGUCUCAAAUAGACUGAGAUUGUAUUGAUCCUGUUAAGUUAAGCUGCGUACGGCAUUGACAUAUUUGGACGCAACCAGCCGAGUUAAUUAGAGACGUUAUGAAACAUAUCAAGUAGUGGUACAGUCUGCCAGUGACCACUAACGUAUAGUGUAAGGAUUCUCAGUGACCCAUUCGUUAUCUGUGCAAGUGGCGGCAAAUUGUAAACGGAAAUGUUGAUACCUGGUUACGUCAAAAUAAUCUCUCGGCAGCUGUAUUUCCUCAAUGUUUAUCUUCUAGCAAUUAUUAAAACUAAAAUGUGAGACUGGUAGUCGCCAUUGUUAGUCUGUAGAACGUACAUAUAAAUAUUUUAGUUUAAUGUUCUUCAUUUGAAAUAUGAAUGUUAUCUAUUUGUUAUCGUAUUUAUUCAGUAUAGUAUAUUAAUUUUUAUGCAUUCCUUGAAUUGAGGGUUGUAAGUAAAUAAGCGUUCAGUAAUGUACAUAGGAUAUUGACUACUAAUUAUUUAUAUUUAUUUAAAUUUCGGCCUAUAUUUGGCGAACUGCACACGACUAGCAGUUGUUAAGUGCUAUAGUUAUUCCUAUAUAUUGUUUAUAAAGUAUGUAAAUUAAUUUUUCUAUAAGGGCUUACGAAGUUCAAGUGAUCUUUGACACAAACGGUCUUCUUUCUAGGCAGCUAUUAAUGUAUAAAACGAUAAAAAUAAAAGAAAAUGUAAUAUGUUUUGUUUACCUAUAAGCACAAAUUAUUGUAUUACAUUUGAAAUCAUAACUGUCGAUAUUAACUUAGCCUGUUUGCCGAAUAAGUCUGACUGUCUUACUUGUUACUAUAAUUGUUGAUGUUUAAUUUAAAUUUUUUUUUUUUUAAUUAAAUACUUUACCAUUGAAUUAUUUCUUUGUAAUGAGAAAUCUGCGGCAUUAACGAAUAGU